GAUUGACGAACGAAACGAUUGAUUCAAUUGAUUGUUUGGUUAUAUUUUCCAAAUAAAUUAUAAUAACUAAUAAGUUCUAAUUAUUCUAAGAACACUUUAGUAGGAAGUUGGGAUUUGAUCAUGACAUCUCAAGCCCUCGCUUCUCUCACCGCUACUUAUACGGACUCGGAAGGAGAAGAGUCUAUCGAAGAUGAUCAGCAAACCCCCGAGAAAGAGAAACCUACGGUAAUACAUUCGGCUCCCCCGAGCCCUAAGACUACUGAUGACACCAAUAAGUCAGGCUCCGCUCCAGUGUCACCUAAGAGACGCCUCGUGUCGUACGUGGAUGACACCAUCGUGUCUGAUGAGGAGCAGCUGUCACCGAGUGCGGAGAACCAGGACGACAUGCGGCGACUGUCCAUGGACACCGACACGGACGAGGCGGUGCCGCGCUCCGACCCCGACGACUCACAAGACGGCGUCGUCAUUCCACCUGAACCAGCUGGGAAAUGUUCGAAAGAACUACAAGAGACUAUUGCUAAGUAUUACAGUCGCAUGCAGAACGAGGGGCUAGAUGUUAACAAACUUAUCCAGAGCAAGAAAAAUUUCCGUAAUCCAAGCAUCUACGAGAAACUCAUUCAGUUUUGUGACAUCAAUGAAUUAGAUACAAACUAUCCUCCUGAAAUCUAUGACCCGCUGCGUUGGGGCAAGGAGUCCUACUUUGAUGAGUUGGCUCGCGUGCAGAAGCUUGAAAUGGAUAGAAGGGAAAAGGAAAAGAAAGAGAAAUUAGCUAAAAUAGAUUUUAUAACCGGAGUUAAGAAACCAGAAAGUGAUGAUGAGAAGAAAAGGAAAUCAAAAUGGGACCAGGCAGCACCCAAUGUAGGAGCAAAACCAACCAUCAAGCAGCCCGGCCUGGUGCAGCAGCCACUCACCAGCAGCGCCACAGGCACUAAGGGCACUGUCAUAUCAGCAUUUGGAUCUUUGCCUAAAAAACCUAAAAUAUGACAUGAAAAGUUACUACCUAGGAAUCGGAGUAGUGCUAAAACGCCCUAAGGCUUAAAAUCUUCUGUUUUAAGGGGACUUUAUUAUAAUGAAAAAUAUGUAUUGUAUAAAGUUUGUUUGUAUUGUAAUAAAUAUAAGUUUUGUAAUUAUUAA